CCUUGCCCCUCUAUAUAAACCAAGAUUUGCACCACUGGAUCUUCCCAUUCAAGUACCACAAGUCCACAACAUCUGAAGAGAAUACCUCUGGAGCGCACCCAAACUUUCUGCAUUGCUCCCAGCUGGUGGAAGCCAUGGAGCAGGGGAAGAAGAAGCAUACGGGGAGGCUGCAGAAGGUCCUGAGGGAGCAGAAGGCCAGGCUGUACAUCAUCCGCCGCUGCGUCGUCAUGCUUCUCUGCUGGACUGACUGAUCUGAGCUCAUCAAAGGCACAAUCACAAUGUGCCUGAUUGCGCCUUCCCUUCAUUAACUCUCGUCUUCUCUUUUCCCCAUGUUUUUUUCACAUUGGCCUUUGUGAUAUAUAAAGGUUCUCUGUUUUCUC